AUGGAUCCGACUUCUGAUCAAUUUAACCCCAGUAUUGGCGACCAGCACCGCGGUGGACCCUCAUCCGUCGGGAUGCCUAAUGCCCCAUCUACCACCGCGAACCCCUUCGAAGAGCCGCAGCGCCGCAUAAACGAAUACACAGCACAGGAGAUUGCUACCCUUCAAGCGCGACUCGACAAGAAAUUGGGACCGGAAUACAUUUCAUCCCGACCUGGUGCCGGCGGGCAGAAAGUACACUAUCUUUCUGCUGACAAAUGUAUCAACCUCGCCAACGAGGUCUUUGGAUUCAAUGGCUGGUCCAGCUCAAUCCAAAAGAUUGACAUUGAUUUUAUCGACGAGAAUCAGAACAGCGGCAGGGUUUCUAUGGGUCUAUCGGUUAUCAUGAGAGUCACGCUAAAGGAUGGGACUUACCACGAGGAUAUCGGCUAUGGUCAUAUCGAAAACGCCAAGGGAAAAGCUGCCGCCUUUGAGAAGUCGAAGAAAGAAGCAACAACAGACUCCUUGAAACGAUCGUUAAGAAACUUCGGAAACGUGCUCGGAAACUGUGUUUAUGAUAAGGACUAUCUUUCGAAGGUCACCAAGGUCAGGUCUGUACCGGCGAAAUUCGACGUGGAAGAACUUCACCGACAUCCUGAUUUUGCACCAAUCAAAAAGCCACCACCUCCCUCAAGGCCACCUACAGAAGACGACGACCUCUUGCCCCCUCCACGACCGGUGGAGCCUGCUAAGAGCUGCAAUCCAGCGCCCAAUUUGAGCUUCGAUGGGGAUGGUGAAUUUGGCAGUGAUCUUUUUGAUGAAGCCGAUUUUGCCGUGGGCACCACGGGAAAUCCAGAUGAAAUUACAAUCGAAUCAGAGGUCAAACAACAGCCUCCCACGCCUAUGAAUCGCCCAGUUCCUCCUAGAGUACCGCCUGAGGGUCGAUUCGAUGCGGCUGUCACACCUUCGAAGCCUGAAAGAUGGAACCCUGGCAACCAAAGUCUCAGACAGCCAAUGCCCCCAAACGGCCGACCGAACUCGCCAGCGAUAGUCCCUCAACGCCGGCCCAUGGCCCCAAACGUCCCAACUAACAAUGCCCCUGCCGCCAGACCGGGAGCUCCACCUCAAGCUCGUCCCGCCCCGGCUUCCAACCUUCAAAAUCCCAAUGAACAAACGCAGAUCAAGACAGAACCUACAACGGCACCCAAUGCAGUUAACCCGCAACAGCCACCAGCAGGCUCACAAUCAGUGGGGUUUUACUCAGCUCGAGCAGCCGACAUGCUACGCGACAACCCUAAUGGUGGCCCUCCGCCUGGAACCCAAUUUGAUCCUCAUGCCGAGAGUCCUUCAAUUCGCAAGACCGCCGGCGUUGAUCAUUCCAAGAGUCUGCCAGUUUCCCGACCAAUGCUUUCGGCUGCCUCUCCAGCAUCCAACAAUGCGCGCGAUUUCGUGAACCCUACCACAGACCUACAACGACGGGUUGGCGCCCCAGGUGGCCCGGCUGGAGUCGGCAGUCCUUUGUCAAGGGGUCCAUCCACUUCUUCUUAUCGACCGCUGACUCGACCUAACAUCGACCCGAAGAAUGCCCCGAACCAGGCCGGCGCGAACAGAGGGAGCGUACCUCCACAGAAUAUGAAUGGAAAGCGACCUCCUUUGGAUGAUGUUACGAAUGCCUCUCCCGGAGCGACCAGCCCGGCUGCUCCUACAGUCCCAAGCCCGAAUGAUCCCAAGCGACCGCGAGUCUCGGACACUAUGCCUGGGCAGCAGGUUCCGCAAUAG